AUGAUGUCCAAUUCCGCGCCUACAGCAUCAGCAUUGACAACUCCAGGAUUACGAAAGAAUGGCAAGCAAUGGCACCCCCAAAAGUGCGCCUUCCGCCCAACGUCCGGGCAGACCUCGUACGAAAAGCGCACUGCGGGGCGGAAAGCAAUGACUGCCAUGAAGGCAAAGGAAAAGGAAAUGAAGGAUGAGAAAGAGAAUGAAAGACAAAGUCGUAUACAAGCGAUCAAAGACAAGAGAGCAGCGAAGGAAGAGAAGGAGCGCUAUGAGAAGAUGGCGGAAAAGAUGCAUGCCAAGAGGGUGGAGAGACUGAAGAGGAGGGAGAAGAGGAACAAGCUGCUGAAGUCAUGA